CGCGACUUGGAACAAACGCUGGUGUUUACGCGAAUGCAACAAGGUUAAAAUCUUGGACUCCACGCUUCGUACUUCGUGCUCUAUUCUCCCGCUAAUGAUGAAUCCAUUAAUUAGACGGAGCCUUCCCCCAUCCGUGAGGAGUCUUUUGACAGAUAUUAUUAGUUCAAAAGAGUUGCAGUGGACAGAGACAGAGGAGGAAACCACUACUGAUGGGAUUCUGUUGCCGUCCAGAGGAGCUGGGUCUGAACAAGAGGACUUUCUUUCUCCUGCAAAGACUGAAGAGGAGAAAGCUGCAGAGGAUGGGAGCGACAAGAGGAAGACUACAACAGUGUGCAUGCUGUGUGAAUGCAAACCCUCUAACUACACCUGUCCCCGGUGCAACCUCCACUACUGUGGCUUGGCUUGCUACCGGAGUCCAGACCACUCCGUGUGCUCAGAGGAGUUUUACAAGGAGUCUGUUCUGCGGGAGCUGAAAGACAUUGGGAAAACGGAGGCAGAGGGCAAAAAGAAAAUGCAAGAAAUUCUGCUGGGACUCCGCCAGAAAGCAGAGAUGACACAUGUGGGGAUGGAGCGUUUGUUGAGGGAAGUGGGCGUUGUGGGAGAUGACACAGAUGAGGGGGGAGUAGAGACAACAGAGAAGGUUCAGGCUUUGGAGCUCCUGUCCAGAUUAGCAGAACUUCAGCAGUCUGGAGAGGAGAACACAACAGAGAUUGAGGCUAUUUUGAGAAAACUUCAGGAGAUCGGAAGAGGGGAGACGCUGCCUGAAGUCUCUGAUGAGGAUGAUGAUGGUGCUGAAGGGGAGCUGAAUUUGGCGGAGCGAUUGUCAGGUCUGGAUACUGAUAAACUUUCAGAGGAGGAACUGUGGGGACUUCUGAGCAGUAAAGAGCAAGAGGAGUUUAUCAAUCUUAUGAAAGGUGGAGCUGUUGCAGAACUUGUUCCCCUGUGGAAGCCCUGGUGGGAAGAGCACGAGGAGGAUGGGAGAAAACUUGUGGAAGUGCUUGAGGAAGUGAGCAAACUAGAGAGUGAAGAUAUACCAGUUCUGAAUGGGAAUGAUGAUCAAGUCAAGGUAUCGCAAGAAAAAGGUCAAAAUCAGGGCAAGUCGGGUGUGAAAUUAAACCAGGUCAAAGGAAGAAGAAGAGAGAAAAUGAAGAAAGAAAGCUCAUCUUUGCAGAAAGUACCUCCAAUUUCUGCAAAAAUUCCAACUUUAAGUUCAUUAUGUUCAAAUCCGUCUCCUCUGGUUCGUUACGGCUUAGUCAAUGCGCUUUACAGCUACGCAUUUUCCUUGAGCCUGUUUAAUGGUGACACUGAUUCACUGAUGUUUGAGUUCUGUGACAUGACUCUGGCUCUGUCUGAGGCGCUCAGCUCAAACAAGGUGUUCAACUCCGUCCAAGAGGCCUUAGACCACGGAGAAUCUCUCAUUAGACGUGGAGGUUACCUUGACAGAGAGGAUCCUCUUGCUCCAGCCAGGGCAGUGGAAGCUGUGGCUCACAUCAUGACUGGCAGGGAACGACAGGAUGCCACAGCAUACUGCUUGGCAGCUUUGAGUCAGCUGCGCAGUGUCCUUUCGAAGGCCAGAACAAGCCUACCCAAAGAGGGAGAUGAAGGAGCAAGGAGGCAAAGGUACUUCCUGGCGAGCAAGAAGUGUGAAUUCUUUCAAGCCUGGGUGCUGGUUAAUUCACAGUGGAUUCACAGACUUGCUAUUGAACUGUGGAAUGAACACAGUAAAAAAGAAAGUGCCAGGAACAGUGUUAAGAAAGUAACGACUGUAGUUAAAGAAAGUUUGACAAAGGAGAAAAGAAAAGGAAAUCAUAAGCUGAUUGAAGAACUGAGCUAAUAAAAAUCCUAAACAUAUUUGUGUUUUUAAAGUAAUGAAACACAUAAAACCCUAAAUGCUGUUCUGUUAUGACAUAUUCUUUAGUUGUUUUUUUUUUGCUCCUAUUGCUUAAGUAUUGUUAAGGAAUUUUUCUUUUACAAAUUAAAUAAAGUUUUCCACAAUAAUAAAA